AUGGGGGAAUUCUCGGAGGCGCGAGAGGACCUGGCAGCCCUGGAGUUGGACUACGACGAGGUGGGACAGGAUUUCCGAGACGACUCCGAGGCCGAAGUGCGAGGAGAGCAGGAAGGUCACUACACUUUCGUUCUUGGCUCGGAUCCCUCCCUACACGUGUCGAACGAGACGAAAAGAAAUGAAGUGUUAGGAGAUCCCCUCGACCUUGACCGAGACACCGCCCGAUCCCGCAUCCCUGCUCGCCUGACGUAA